AUGGCAGCCCCCCGCCUCGUGGUGCUGGAGCUGGUGCUGCCUGCAGGGGCCUGGCCCAGCCUGGGACCGCCCAGGAGGCCCUGUGUGCACUGCUGCCGCCCACCACGGCCCCCUGCUGCUGCCCCCGCCCAUACACCCACUGGAGUGACGGGCCGUGGGUGGGACUGCCGCUCGUUCGGCCCCACCAUCGACAUCUCCAUCCUCAAAGGAGAGAAGGGUGAAGCAGGGGCCAGAGGUCACGCAGGAAAGAGCGGGGAGGAGGGUCCCCAGGGCUCCUGCGGCCUGCACGGCCACAAAGGCCAGAAGGGACAGAUGGGGCCUCCAGGUGCCCCGUGCCAGCGUGCCCACGCCGCCUUCUCUGUGGGUCAGCGUGAGGGACUGCACAGCACGGAGGACUUCCAGGCAGUGCCCUUCGACACAGAGCUGGUGAACCUGGACAGCGCCUUCAACCUGGCCACGGGCCACUUCCACCGCACGGUGCGUAUCUACUUUGUGAGCCUGCAUGUGCACGCCUGGACCUUCAAGGAGGCCUACCUGCACGUCAGGCUGGACCAGCGGCCCAUGGCCGUGCUGUACGCCCAACCCAGCGGGCACAGCCUCCUGCAGGCCCAGCUGCUGCUGCCGCUGGCUGCCAGCAGCACCGUCGCAGUGCGCAUGCUUCACCGCCACCAGGACAAUGCCAUCUACGGCGAGCCCGGGGACCUCUCCAUCACCUUCAGCGGCCACCUGGUCACGCUGGCCUGCGAGCUCUAG